UACCUCCUCACUUAGGCAUUUGCUCUUUUCAUUCAUUCUCUUCUUCUAUUGUGAAUAAUAAUAAUAAUAACAAUAAUUUUUUGUUGUUAUUAUUAUUCAUAUAUAUAUUUUUUUUCAUUUGCGAAAAAAAAAUGGAGAUGAAGAAGAUUGUUUGCGCUGUUAUGUUUGCAGCUGCCUCAGUCACCGUCGUGGUGGCUCAAGAGACCACGGCGGCCCCCGCCCCUUCACCGACGAGUGCAGCCACCUCGGUUGCCACUCUUCCUUUGUUGGGUGUUGCCUCUCUUGUCUCCUUGGUUGGCUACUACUUGCACUAAUUAAUUAAUUAAUUAAUAAUUAAAUUAUUUUAUAAUUUAAUUAUAAUUAUUAUUAUUUGGGGAUUAAGAUGGUGAUCAUAUAUAUAUAGUAUUACUAUUUUUUUUUUAUCCUUGAUUAUUGGAAUUUGUAAUUUUUUUAAUAUUGUUAUGGGAAGAAGAUGAAUAUUUGUUUCUUUGU